AUGCCUCAGGCGUUUCAGCAAUGGUUUCCGCAGUUCGCUCCGUACUUCUCUCGGAUCCUGCGCGACAACUGCAGCUCCGAGUACCACGACUUCCUCACCCUGCCCGAUCCGUGGACCAACUACCACGCCAACAUGGUCGUAUCCUGCAUCCUGGGGCACUUUGACGAGAGCGGCAAAGCCCAGUUGGCGGCCGCGUCGGUUUUACUCGGUUUGCUGCCUACCAUCCUCGGCAUGGUUGGAUCCAACACGACCGAGAUUGGCCUCUUGGCCUUACGACAGCCAGUUUUUGCUUUCUUGCUGUCCCUUGGAGCCCCCGUCAUCUCGCCCAUUCGAUCCUUUGAGUAUCGAGAUCCAUUCGAACUAUUGCAGCUCAAGGAAGACGACAUACGACCCUUUCUAAACUGGCGGCGACUACUCUACUUCGUCGAGUAUCUGGUCACAUUCACUGCCAUUGGCAACGUGGUUCAUGUCACCUGGCAGCUUUCCGUGUCUUCCCUCUGCGCCUUUUCCGGGAGCAGCCAAUGGUUGCCAGCGUUCUGGUUUGGCAUAUCGGUCAUUCCACACUUUUUCGGAGCUUAUGCAGUCAGGCUAAGGUUCAAGAAGUCCGACAUACCCAUAAUUAAAGCUCUGCUGGAUGAGCUCAGAUUCAAAAAGGAACCGAGAGAGGUCAAGCUGGUAAAAUCUCCCGAGUCAAAGCGAUAUCUCGUGUGGUCUUGGCUGGCCUCAGCUGCGACAGUCUUGCACAUCGUCAUCGGGACAGUGGUGUUGUCUAGUGCCCUGUUUAUCAGCCCGUCCGAUGCGGUAGUGGUUUCCCUUCGUUUUUUCGCCUCAGGCGUCGUGUGCAGGAUCUUUCUCAUGUUUGAGUUGCACGGUAUGGGGAAGUUUGUGGAGCCUGAAGAGAAGGACACUGUUUCCACGUCCACUGGAACUGGCCAGUCGAUGAAGCCAAAUAGGGGCGUCUAA